GAGCUAACCUUGCCUCUAGACCGGAGUCAGUCCUGUCCCGGCUGCGUUCGCCGCAGGUUGUCUGUAAGCUCAGUGUCUUGUUUGACGACUUCGUGUCUUCGGCUCACUUUGACUAACUAUCUGAACUGUUUAUAAAAUUGUUAAAGACAUGUGUGGUUUUUUCUCGUAAUGGUUUUCAUAUAAAUUUUAACCGCUUAAUAAUGAUUUUCAACAUUUAAUGCAAGUAGACCUUUUUUUAAGUUUCGUGUCGAACUUUUGAAAUCGUAAUCAUGCAUAAGCUGUGGACUAUCUUCACUUUGCUCCAUUUACGCGGGAUGAUCUGCGAGGCUGAGGAGGAGGUGGGGUCUCCCCUAAGGGUCGCCCAGUGCAGAGCGAAGUGCAUCUUUAGUUUUGGAAAGGCUGCAGCAGGUUUCGAUUCGUGCAUCAGAGAAACUGACUGUUUUAUGUGUUGGGAGAAGUGCCAACUGCUUGAGUCCAAUUUCGUCGUGUGGGGCGCCGUCUGCUCAAAAUCCGCUCUGUGUUCCAGCGGGUGCCAGCUCGCCUGUCAAUUCCACCGAGAAGGUUCGCCACAGCGGGUGCCUGUGCUGGUGACCCAAGGGCAGCAGGUCAUCUCGCAGACCGGCCCCCAGGUCAGUUGGCCGCGGCCCGCGCAGCACGGUGCGCCCUUCAUAUACGUGCUGAUGCGUCAGGCAGCGGGACAGCCGUGGCGUCAGCUGCUGCAGACAAUGGAGCUGACCGCUAGAGUACCCGAGGUCACCUCGGGCAGUCUGCGGGUGCUUGUGGUGGGUCGCGAGGGUCUAGUGACCAUCUACAGCCCUACCUCCACUCUCUCUGCUGCUGAGGAGGUGCUGAGGCAGGUCAGCAAAGAGGCGCUUCUGGCUCUGCGUCUCCCCAGUCCUGGCAGCAACAGAAUCAACACCCAGCUCUUUUCUGAGCCUUCACAGAACCCUCUGGACAUGUUGAAGGAUGUCGAGCAGGGUUGGAAUUUGCGUCAACUGUCUCUGAUACACCAGAAGGUGCUGGUGAUCGCGGAGAUCGCAUGGAACCCCCAACCUACUGUGAAAACACCGGCCGUGUACUUCGUCACCUGGGAAGUGGACGGGGGCGGCCUGAGGGGUAACUUGUUCACGGACUCUACUUCUGUCACUCUGUCUCUCUGGCCUGAUACCAUCUACCACAUCCAGGUGGAGGUUGUGAGACACGACUGGAAGCACGGCGCGAGUGGACAGAGUGAGGAGCUGGUGCUGGACACACACACGGUCCGGUCCCACGAGCCUCUCCUGCAGACCGACUCUACCGUGGCUAUCCGUCCUCCAGCGUCGCCUGUCCCUCAUCCUCACCUCACCGUGCUAGCGGGCGUCACUGCCUCCCUGGUGACUUUUCUCCUGGUCCUCGCGCUGUUCGCGUGGCGAUGGUGGGGCUGCGGUCCUCCCGCCAAACAUCUCGACCUGCCCACAGCCACUGUCGAGCCCUCACACAUAUACAGAGUAUACCCUCCUGCAGUGAGGCUAGACUCGCCAUUGAAGCCUUCCACCGAGCCCAUCCCCUCAGUUUGCGGGCACACCUCGUGAUGUUAGACCGCCACAAUGUCAGCUGUACAUACCACAUAGUUCCUACUGCAAUGUACAUUACUUCACCUGCGACUCGCGGUCGUACACAGUUUAGCUGUUUUAUGUACGAAUAAUAAUAUUUCAUUUAGCUUCUUAAAUGUUAACUACUCAUUCCUUAAUCGCCUUCAGUAUGAUAUGCAAAUUCUUGGAACUACCUGACUAUGCAAGCAUAUGUACAAACUGAAUAUACAUGCAAUAAAUAUGUGGACUUGAUGUAAAUGGCCGGAUUCUGUAUGAUAUAAUUAUUCAUUGUUCAAUGAUUCAGAGUGUGAAAUGUCAUAUAACUUACUACAUUUUUGUCUAAAAUGUUUGUUCGCAUUAAUGCAGUUUUAAUGUUUCCCUGAUGGAUCUUUUAUCGUAUUAUUAUACUUUACAGUUUAUGUGUUUUAUAUAAGUAAGUAAAUGUUAUCUAUUAAAAAACAAUAUCUUAAGUACUAUUUAUACAGAUUACAAAAUAAUAUUGAGUUUGAAGUCACAUUAUUGGCUCAGAAUUCAGUUUAAACUUCCACUACUAUUUUGUAUCGAACCCACAAGUAUAGAGACCAUACUUUUCAAACCAUUUAGGAAUUGGAUAUACAUACACAUUAGUUAUACAUAGCUCUAUACAUGUUCCUAUUGACUUGUUUAUUAGUAAAAAAAUUAGUCCUAUGAAUAAUAUAUCUGAGCCAUUAAUGACAUAAAAUUACUCAUCAGUCAAUUAUGUUUUAUAUUAAAACUUGUGAUUCUGUAAUAAAAUUAUAUGUUUAAUUAUAAAGAAAUGUUUAGUGAAUAAAAAUCGCAAAAUUAUGUUUGAAUUAAAAGAAAACAACCAUUAAUUUACUUAUUUUAAGUGUUAGGUGUAAAUAUUUAAAUACUUGAAAUGUACUUUUAUUUUGAGUCUCCUUUUGUUAUACCCAAAAUAUGAAAAUAUGGAACUCAGAGUGUAACAUAAUUAAGUAAUGUAAAGUAAUUAGGUGUAUCUCGAUUUUGGAGAUUCUCGUCCUCCUAGUCAUGACCCAAGACUGAGUCUCAUUGCUGUCUGUAGAAAGUUAUGUAUACAAGUACAUGUAAGAGCUUCAUUAUCUGUAUCCUAUUGUAAAUAGCUAAUUUGUAAUAAUGUUUAAUGUCAGUGUAAAUAUAUGUCUAUGAUUUCUUUUGUAA